CAGUGACUUCUGGGGUUAUGGAAGAUCACUUCCACUUUAGUAGCUGAAGCUCCGACAGUAACCUUUCUGUCAUGUGCUGUUGAGGCUUUAUUCAGGAAGGUUGACACAACAAAGAAAGUCUGCAACGAAUCAACUGCUGAGCCAGCAGAAGUGUUUCGAAAUCAAUACCGUUAAUGGGAAGUAAAAGUUUCUCUUCGUGACUCUGGCGUCCACCCGCAGUCGAGCUGAAACCAGGCCUGACCGGCACACCUCGAAUCACUACAGAUCCAGGAGAAAUUACAAAAUGAAGUACGUUUCUGGAUUCCUUUCAAUCAUUAUUGCAUUGUUCAUCACUUCAACAGGGGCUGGAGAUGUGAUGGUGUAUGGUCAGGUGGGAGGGACGGUCACUCUCCCCAGAUCGAAGUGGGGUUCAGAAAAGGUGUUGGUACAAUGGUACCUUGGGAUGGACACAAAAUCUUUGAUAUCCCGCAACUCCCAUGGUCGAGAGACGACAGAUCCACUGUGGAAAGACAGGCUGUCUCUGUCAAAGACGGACUUCUCCCUGAUCAUCAACAACAUCAGACUGGAGGACUUCCAAUCCUUCAGAUGUGAACUGAAAGAUUUCAGGCCAACACCAUUUACCUCAUUCACCACAUUCAGACUGUCCCAUGUGAGUGUACAGCCAGUCUCUCCCCUGUUGGCUGGGAAGAAUCUUAAUCUGAAGUGUGACAUAGGGGAAAUAUUUGAGGGGACACAGAGAAGAUGGCUUAGUCCCCAGAAACAGGACCUGAGCAAGGACACGCGUGCCCAGAUCAGAUUUGACAGCAGCCUGACAGUAAUGAAGGUCACUGGCCAAGACCAUGGAGAGUGGACCUGUGUGGUGACAUACCAGGGCAGGGAAGCCUAUGCCAACACCCAUGUUACUGUAAUAGACCUCUCCCCCGCUCAUCCACAGCCUAUCUACACCUCUGUCUCCUCCCUCUCUCUUCUCCAUCUGCCAUGUUUCUUUUCCGUUCCUCCUCCUCUAUCCUGGUCAGAGAGCCAGGAAAAGAGCAUCCAGGGAGGCCGCUGGACCUUUACCCCAAGCCCAGCGGCAGGCUCCCUCACUGGGGUUGUCCAGACCCUCGUCAACCUCUCCAUGGGGCCUCCAUUAGCCUGGGUGGUCAAUCAGAAGAGAGGGCUGGAUGUCUCAGCCCUGCAGAGGAAAAAUCUAAACCUCUCCCUGUCAAAGAAAGGGGUGACGGAGGGGGACAGGGGCGAGUACACCUGCACUGUGGAAUUCCAGAGGGACGACACACUGAAGAGAAGUACGUGUGUGGAGGUGCUACAGGUGUUUUCCUCUCCAGCUCCAGUGGCCUUUGUAGGUCAGGAGGUCAACCUCACCUGCACCCUGGGCCACUCUCUGACCUCUGACCUGAAAGUGAAAUGGAUCCCACCACGCCAAUCCUCCCUCCUCGCUUUAGGCUCCUCCCCCCACCCCGCCCAUCUUACCAUCCCGGAAGCGAGGGAUAUACAUGGUGGGAGGUGGAGGUGUGAAUUGUGGAGGAACAAAACCAAGCUGACAUCAGUGGAGAUCACACUGAAGAUCGAGCGAGUCCCCAUGGACGUGUGGCUGUUGGUCACCAUCUGUGCCGCAGCCGUCAUCUUCAUCCUCCUCCUCAUCCUCACUGUCAUCCUCAGCCGACGCCACAGACAGCGGGUGAUGAUGCUCAGACGUGGCAAACGCAGAGUCUGCCGCUGCAAAGACCCCAAACCAAAAGGAUUCUACAGAAACUAGAGAUGUCAUACAGACCGGAAUCCCUGUCGAUGGACAAUGUCUCUACUAUUUUGUCUUAGCUAUUCUAUUCUGAUACAAAAAAAAAAAAAAAAGGACGAAA